CCCUAGUAUACAUGAUUGUGGAUACCUUAAAUACUCAGCUAGAAUCAAGAAAUAAUAUAAACAUUCCUGCCUACAUCAGGUAUCUGGGAAGCUGUACACGGAUUGACGAGUUGACCUUUAGAGAGUUUAUCCUCGUGUAUGACGUCAUGUGUUUGGCUGUUCAAUCUAAGGGCAGUAAUAUAUCUACUAAACUGAUAACACAAGUCUUGGAGGAACCUUUUAUGGAGAAACAAUUCAGUGUAUGUACUGAAGUACCCGGUAUUGUACUACAGUACACGGCAGCACUAUCUCCUGUACACCAAGACCGCAACAACAGCCUGGACUAUGUGUGCGUGGACUGGAGUAGGGUGGUCCUGGACCCUGUGGUUGAGGGUGUGGACUAUAUAAACGCCUCCUGGACUCCUGGGUACUCGGGUCCAACAGAUUUUAUUAUAUCCCAGCACCCAGUACCCAAUACACUACAUCAGUUCUGGAGUAUGGUUUGGCAGACAGGAACCAAGAUUAUUGUUUGUUUAUCAGUUAUUCCUCAUCAAUUCUGGCCGGUCAUGCAAGUACCUCUCAUUCUUCCAGGACUUCGAGUGUGGUUGGAUAGUGAGGGAAGUCUAGGGGGGUACCGGUCAACCCAGCUUGUACUGCAGUGCGGUGACGUCACUACCUCUGUACAGCUGAUCUCGUGUCCUAACUGGCCGCAUCAGAGUGUUCCUGUCUCUAACUGUGUACACCUAGUGGAUUGUGUAAACAAACAGCUGACUUCAGGACCUGUUCUUGUAGUAGACAGCUAUGGAGCUACGGAGGCGGCCAUCUUUGUAACCCUUUCCAGUCUAGUGAGGCAGAUGGAUACAGAGUCAGCUGUUGACUUAUUUUACUGGUUCAAGGCAGUGCAUCUGAGUAGACCUGGAGUCUGGAUCUCACCAGACAAUCUAUUCUUCCUCUAUAGAGUACUAGCAGAGCUAUGCAGUAUCAAUCCAGGCAGAAAAUAGGACAGGAAGUGAAUCCUACAACAAGGCAGGAAAUAGGACAGGAAGUGAAUCCUACAACAAGACAGGAAAUAGGACAGGAAGUGAAUCCUACAACAAGGCAGGAAAUAGCACAGGAAGUGAAUCCAACAACAUAAUGAAGAAAUAAGACAGGAAGUGAAUCUUACAAAAAAGGCAGAAAAUAAAACAGGAAUUAAAUUCAUCAUCAAAAUAUAACAUGAAGAGGAUCCAACUUCAAGACAGGAAAUAUGACAGGAAGUAAAUCCUUCUACAUGGUAGGAAAUCCAACCACAAAAAGAAUGAAGUGAAAAAAAGAAAAACAUUUGAAAAAUAACAGAGGCAAUCAUUUGAAUUAAAUCUUGACAAUAAAUUAGUUAUAAAACC